AUGCCUGUCUGGAGCUCUUCGUCGGUAUCUUUCUCUUCCUCCGUUUCUUGGAACGGCAAGACGGAGAGCCAGCGCUACGCCAAGCAGACACAACGCACACCUGAAGGCACAACCAUAAAGAGCGCCUCACAAAGAUCUGGAGAGCCGGUGUACACUGAAACCCUCGAGUACGAUUCUCACGGCCGUCCCAUCGUUGAGGGCCGUGUUCUCCGUGGUGGACCACAGCAGGCCGGCCGUAUCGAAGAUGUUUCUGACCGAAAGUAA